AUGUCGACCUCUGGAGAUAGUCAUAAUGGGCACUCUCCCUUGACAUACGAGCCCGUUGUCCCUGCAGACCUUACCAGAGCAUCCUAUCAUAGUGCAAUGAUAGUUCCUCCACAGCAGCAGACAACACAAGAGACCCGUACCUCCUCAGAAAGUGCCGUCUCUGCUGAGAGCGGGGUUUCCUCAUUAAGGAGCCCUCGCACCGCUCGAUUUGCUGAGGCUACCUCAAUCCACUCUCCUAUUGAGCAGACCAGUCGAUCUCCUUUUGCUGAUCCUCCCAAGGGUGUUGCUGAUGUUGGAUUUGGCUAUGUGACCGCCAACGAUGUCACCCAAUACGCAAUCGACUCAAGACCCCCGCUGUCACCUCUGACAGGAUUGAAGGUUCCUAACACAGCAAAAUCACUAAACCUCAUGAGCCCUACCUUGCGUGAGGAAUACAUACUUGAAAAGCAAGAGAAGCAUGCCGAGAAGGAGAAUGCCCGUGAUCUGAAAAUCAAAGUUCGAGUUCGGCUGGCCAAGCUGUUCCUCCGUUUCAUCAAUUUUGGUUGCAGUCUGAUCGUUCUCUCUAUGCUGGCAGUGACACUAACCGUAUUCGAAACGACAAAACACCUCCCACAUCGCAACAGCCUACCAGCUUGGGCAGAGGGCACCAACCCUUGGGCACAGUAUAUGAUGCUGGGCAUCUCUGCCUGCUCACUCUUUGCCUGCAUUAUCGUAUUUUACGGGUACUACAGAGGUGGUCACCACCGUGCUGAAAAGGCCGCCAUUUACUACACCAUCAUCGCCGUUGUUUGGUUCUUCGUCAGCUUGAUAAUGUGGCUCGUCGCUGCUGGCAUCUACCAGCACCAAAAGGCAACUGGUGACAAGAAAGACAUGUGGGGUUGGUCAUGCGCGCAGAAUACCCGUGAACAAGUGUAUUCCAACGUCAUUGACUACGCCCUUCUGUGCCGUCUCCAGGACUGGGGUCUCGUCUGCGCCAUCAUUGAAGUCGUCCUAGAAGCUGUCGCAAUCUUAGUCUACGCCAUUGUAGCCUGGCGCUUCUGGAGUAAGCGUCGACUAAUGAAAUCAAUGGACACCCGCGACAAAGCCCGUUCAGAUCUAUAUCUCGCCCAGCUACGCGUGCAGUCAGCCCCCAAUACCCCCGGUUUCCCAGGCUUCUCGUCAUACCCGCCAAAAUCACCAUUCUUCGCCAUGACCUCAGUAGACCCGCUCUCUGCUGCCGAGAAGGGUGAAGCCCCUGCAACCCAAUAUGCAUCGCCCCGCUCACCAACUCGCCCGAAGCCAACCUUCCAGCUUCAAGCCCCUCCCAUCCGCGUCCAGCAGGCAACCCCUCGCUCAGCACAGGGUGAAUUUAAGACUUCAAAUGCAGAAGUACAGUCUGUUCCUGCUGCUCACCGCACACCGUCACCGCCGCCACUGCCUACGUCUGAGAUUCAUAUGGCUUUGGCUCCUGAUGAGCAGGAUUACGGUAGUGUUCCUGUCCCGACUGCUUAUGGUAGUUCUAUGAUUCCUAUAUUCCCUGAAGGACAUCAUUGA